GGCGUGCAGCAGAACAGGGAUGAGGCAAGCGAACCAGCUGGACCCGACACGAAGCUAGAUUUUGUGGAUUUCUUUUUGAAAGCCCUACGUGUCGUACUCCCAUUGCAGGGUUGACUGACAAGUCCAAAACUUUUCACAAAUGGCCUCCAGCUCGCAGUCAAACCUGUGACUGACUUGGCCUGCUCCCAAAGGAAAGGCAGCUCGCCUCACAGCUUGCUUGCCAGAGCCGACAAUCCCCUAGUUUCCCGCAGGUCGCCAAUUGUCUCACAAAAAUUUUCUCGUCUACAAUUGAACGCCUGUGAAAGCGCCUUCAAGUACCAAAUAAGCAAUCAAGAACCUUCAGGGCUCAACCCGAGUACCAGGACCAAUCAGCUAGCCAUGGCUCAGAGGAACAAGUCCGGCAAUGAGGCUGCCGCUAAGGCUGGCGCGGACUCCGCUGCCAAGAUCGCUGACCGCACUGCGAGGGAGCAGGGUAAGAACCAGAAGGAUGCGUCCAUCACUGAGGUGACCAAGGGUGGGGCCACCGUGCACACUACGGUGCAGCAGAACCAGGAGAGCGAUCCCUACUGCCCCAGGGUCGAUGAGACCACGCCCCAGGAGUUUGAGACCAAAGUGCAGGUCAUUCGCAAGACCCCUCAGAUGAAGACCGUUGAGAAGACCGAGAUGGUCAAGCGUCUCAGCCACGAGGAGAAGACCACGACCGUGCCUCGUACCAAGGUUAUCACUGAGGAGCGGACAUCGAUCACAAAGCACCCUGUUGUGAAGGAGGUGCAGAAGACGAGGACCAUUGACGUGCACAGGGUGAUCGAGGAGGAGAAGGAGAUCACCGAGACGGUUGACGUUGUCGAGCAGGUGCGUGAGCGGAAGGUUGAGAAGGUGCCCAAGGUUAUCUACGAGGAGAAGGAAACGUGGAUCACCAAGCCGGUCGUCAGGCAGGUUGAGAAGAAGAGAACUAUCAAGGUGCCCAGGGUUAUCACUGAGAAGAAGGAAGAAGCGUACACCGACUACCAGACCGAUGAGGUCGAGGAGAAGAAGAUCGAGAAGGUGCCCAGAGUUGUUACAGAGCAGGUCAAGCAGACCAUGUCUGUGCCGGUCGUGACAGAGGUGCCCGUAACCAAGAAGGUGGAGGUGCCCACUGGAGAGUACUGCGAGGAGGUUGUGUCUCACGACCACGCCCCUGCUGCCCUUGGCCCGGCUGUCGUUCCCGAGAAGGUGACGUCCAUCAGCGACAGCAAGCUGAAGACUUUGGAGAAGGAUACUGAGGCUCCCGCUGAGGAGCCAAGGAGAGGGUUGUUGGGCAGAUUGAUUGGGGCAUAGAUAUGAUUGGACGAAAGUUGUGGGGAAGCGGAAAAGGUGUGAGGAUUUGCUAACAGAAGUGUACCGUCUCGAUUGGAGAUGUCACCUUUUGGUGUAACACGUAGACGCUCGCUGUAACAUGUUGUAAACUUGCCAUAGGAACAGUCCGAUUUUGGAAAGACGAAAUAAGAACACGCUCGCUUGUCUUACAAACCCACUGUUGCGGUUUUUUAGUGUCUCAACAUCUUUUCAAUCCAUAUUUACGAAUAUCUUACCUUCUCAAACUCUCGUGACACUCCAAAUCACAU